AUGAAGGGUGCUGAGGUGUUCUCCAAAAUUGACUUGAGGUCGGGUUAUCAUCAGAUCCUAGUGCAGCCAGAGGAUGUACAAAAGACCGCAUUCAGGACUCGCGAAGAUCAUGUUGAUCACUUGAGGGUGGUAUUGGAUGUGCUUAGAGAACACCAGCUAUACGACAAGUUGUCCAAGUGCGAAUUUUGGCUUGAGGAAGUGCAAUUCCUUGGGCAUGUAAUCUCAGCUAAAGGUAUCGCAGUGGAUCUAGCCAAAAUAGAAACUGUGCUGAAGUGGGAAAGGCUUAAGACCGUAACAGGGAGGCUAGUUGCGUAUGCCUCGCGGCAAUUGAAGGUACACGAGAAAAAUUACCCGACUCAUGACCUGGAGCUAGUAGCUAUUGUUUUCGCUCUUAAGUCAUGGAGGAACUAUUUGUAUGGCUCUCAAUUUCAAGUAUUCAGUGAUCACAAGAGUCUAAAAUACUUGUUUGAUCAAAAGGAGCUGAAUAUGAGACAGCGCAAGUGGAUGGAGUAUCUGAAGGACUACGACUUUAAAUUGCUCUAUCACUUGGGCAAGGCAAAUGUUGUAGCCGACACUUUGAGUCGGAAGAAGAUGCACAUGUUAUGUAUGAUGAUAAAGGAGUUAGAGUUGAUUGAGAACUCCGAGAUAUGA